AGCAAACACAAUAGCAAGCUGAGCAUCUCUAAGGCUCUUGAGCAUCUCUGAUCACACAUAGUGUGUGGGCUCAAGCUAUGUUCUAUAUAAACACCUCUAAAGUCCCAAGGUAGAGAUCACCACUCAGAAACAAACAAAUGGCUUCCACACUUGGAAUUCUUACUGACUGGCCAUGGACACCUCUUGGGAGCUUUAAGUACGUGGUGUUAGCUCCUUGGGUGAUUCACAGCACAUACUCAUAUAUGUUUGGAGAAGAAGGCACAGAUCUAUUUUACGUCCUCGUAUUUCCAUUUCUGUUGUGGAGGAUGCUCCACAACCAGAUAUGGAUCUCACUUUCUCGCUAUCAAACUGCCAAAGGCAAAGGAACAAUCGUGGACAAGGGCCUCGAAUUUGAACAAGUCGACAGAGAAAGAGAUUGGGAUGAUCAAAUCAUAUUCAAUGGAAUGCUGUUUUACAUAGGCAGGUUUCUGGCCAAGCGCUUCCUGCCUAGGGCUCUAACUGAUGACCUACCAAUCUGGAGGGGAGAUGGGUUGGUCAUGACGAUGCUGCUUCAUGCCGGUCCGGUCGAGUACCUCUACUACUGGUUACACAGAGCACUUCACCACCAUUUCCUCUACUCUCGCUACCAUUCUCAUCACCAUUCCUCUAUUGUCACUGAGCCAAUUACUUCUGUGACUCACCCAUUUGCGGAGCACAUAACAUAUUUCAUGCUCUUCGCAAUACCAAUGGUGGCAACUCUGUUGAUCGGAACAGCUUCCAUCUCAUCCUAUUUUGUUUAUAUUACUUAUAUCGACUUCAUGAACAACUUGGGACACUGCAAUUUCGAGUUCAUUCCGAACUGGAUCUUCUCUCUUUUUCCUCCUCUUAAGUAUCUAAUAUAUACUCCCUCGUACCACUCUUUGCAUCACACACAAUUUCGAACCAAUUACUCUCUCUUCAUGCCAGUCUAUGACUAUAUAUAUGGUACCAUGGACAAGUCUAGUGAUACCCUAUAUGAAUCUUCACUCAGGAAAGAAGAAUCACCUGAUGUGGUUCAUCUAACCCAUUUAACAACAACUGAAUCCAUCUACCGACUCCCACUGGCAUUUGCUUCCUUGGCCUCUAAUCCACACACUUCAACAUGGUACUUAUGGUUGUUGUGGCCGGUGACAUUAUGGUCCUUGAUGCUAACUUGGAUAUUUGGCCGUUCAUUUGUUAUUGAGAGGCAGCGUUUUGAUAAACACAGACUACAAACUUGGGUUAUUCCAAAAUAUAGUUUGCAGUACUUGCUCUCAUGGAAAAAUGAAGCUAUAAAUAGAGCGAUUGAGGAUGCCAUACUAGAAGCUGAGCAAAUGGGUGUCAAAGUUAUAAGUUUAGGUCUCUUUAAUCAGGGUGAGAGGCUCAAUAAUAAUGGUGGUAUAUAUGUUCAGAGGAAUCCACGGCUGAAAAUCAAGGUGGUGGAUGGGGGUAGCUUAGCUGUGGGUGUCAUCCUUAACAGCAUUCCGAAAGGAACAACCCAGGUUCUCCUUGCAGGCAACCUCACAAAGGUAGCUUAUGCCCUUGCCUUUUCUUUGUGCCAGAGAGAUAUCCAGGUAGUUACAUUACAGCAGGCUGAGUAUUUGAAGCUCACCAAAUCAUUAAAUGCUGCAGAGGGUAAGGUGGUUCAUGACAGAAGCUAUGCUCAAAAGGUUUGGUUGGUGGGAGAUGGGUUGAGUAAAAAAGAACAGUUGAGUGCACCAAAAGGAACAAUUUUUGUUCCCUUCUCUCAAUUUCCACCAAAACAGUUGCGCAGAGACUGCUUCUACCACUACACACCAGCAAUGAAGAUCCCCAAGUCUCUUGAGAAUGUUUACUCUUGCGAGAACUGGUUGCCAAGGAGGGUGAUGAGUGCGUGGCGUAUAGCAGGAAUAGUGCAUGCAUUGGAAGGUUGGCAUGAGCACGAGUGUGGUUACACCAUGUCCAGCAUUGACAAAGUUUGGCAAGCAACUCUUCGACAUGGCUUUCAGCCUCUAAAUCUCCAAAGAGGCAAAGAUUGAUUAGUCACCUCUUCAAGAAAGCAUUACCCAAUUAUGAUUUAUGUUCUGACUACGCCUUGUUUUUAUUUUGAUAUUGUUUGAGUUUAUGUUCAGCUGUACUGUGCUUGGUAGUUCUUGAACCAAAAAUUAAUAAGUCACAUCUUCAACCAAAGCAUUUCCUCUAUGUACUACUCUUGUAUUCAUGUAAUGCCAUUUGAAGGUUAUGUUCGAGUU